GCGUCGUAACGCGUGCACCAAGAAAGCCGCCACCGAACGUCGUGCUGAGAAACUCAUUAAAAUUUAAGCCGAGGUUCACGUUCGAAAAUAAAAAUGGAAACGAUGUCAACACCUUAUCCGAAAAGAAUGCACGACUCUUACGAAGACGAGGAGGAGAGGAAACACUUUCAACGCAUCGUCUCGGCUUUUAAAUAUUACAAGAAUCAUUCCCUGUUAAGGGUGAAAAAGACAGAGUCCUACUUGCUGUCGCUUCCUGCUCAUCAUCAGAAGCUUUUGUCAAAGUACAGGGAGCAUCUGCAGGAAGUUAAACGAUGCAUCGAGAACAACGACGAAAUAAUUAAGCUAAUAAUAAAGGAUGUGGCUCAUAUUUUUGAAAACGUGAGCCCAGCUACUUCCCAGACUGACAGUGUAAGAAAAGUUUACCUGACGUUAAAUCCCCGUCCAGUAAUGGCUGAUCAAGAAAAAGUCCAAGCCACGAUCAAACAACUGGUUCGCGAUUGGAGCGUGGAAGGGACCGAGGAACGUUUAGCUUGUUAUCAGCCUAUCAUAGACGAGAUCGUGGAGCAGUUCCCCGGGGAGCAUUGUACGCCGUCGGAUGUACAAAUUCUGGUACCUGGAGCAGGUUUGGGGAGAUUGGCGUACGAGAUAGCGCGGCGCGGGUACACUUGCCAAGGAAACGAAUUUUCUUUAUUCAUGCUCUUCGCUUCUCAUUUUGUACUGAACAAAUGCAGGGAAGUAAAUUCGUAUCAGGUACACCCGUGGGUGCAUCAGUACAUGAACAAUUUAAAACCAGAACAUCAGACUCAAGCCGUGUUCUUCCCGGACGUGAAUCCCAGCAAUCUUCCGGAGAACGCACAGUUCUCGAUGGCGGCUGGAGACUUCUUGGAGGUUUACACGGAAGAUAAUCACUGGGACUGCGUCGCCACAUGUUUUUUUAUAGACUGCGCAAACAAUGUGGUGCAAUUCAUCGAGACUAUCUAUAAGAUUUUAAAGCCAGGAGGCGUGUGGAUAAAUCUUGGGCCGUUGCUGUACCAUUUCAGCGAUAUGCCGAUGGAAGAUUCGAUAGAGCCAAGUUUCGAGGUCGUUCGCGACGUAAUCAAAGGUUUUGGAUUUCAAUUGGAAAAAGAAAAACUGUGCGUGAAAACGCGAUACGCACAGAAUAUCAACAGUAUGCUGCAGUGCGAGUAUAAUAGUGUGUAUUUCGUUUGUCGAAAACCGAAGAGGCUCAUAGACAACGACGUGAGUCACAGAAAUGGCUCGGAAAGUAACGGUAUGCAAGAACAAGAAAAUUAAUGAUCGGCGACGACGGCCCCUGGUAUUUGAUUUUUAAGAAAAAUUGAUGUAACUGUAAAUGCAUUGUACAAUAAGUUCAUUAUUACGAAAGCAAAGCUGUUAUACUUUGUGAAACCGAGUCAAUACUAGGUGGAUUUGAGAAAAUUUAGAAGGAAGGAACGAAGUGAAAGUCUUUAAUUGAAUAUACGUAGUUGAUCGUUGAACUACUAUUUUUUCAUCGAGAGGUUUAUUUCGGUGUGUAAGCGGGCUGGCUGACGCAACGGCUCUGUGAACAAGUUGGAGACGAAAUAAAGUGAUGCGAUUAUUUUUUUAAAACGUCGACAGAAGUUAUUUCAAAUUUGCAAACAGCGACUUUUAUCUGACCACUGGUAACAGUUUUACGGCUUAGUCUAUUUUGAUUCGAACGUUUGUGAUUCAGCACGUCAUUUACGGUCGCUGGUCAAAUAUCGUAACGAAUACGAAAUAAAAGAAACUCUUGUUACACGCUGCACGUAACGUACCUCUCGUUUGAUAUUUACCAAUUCUAAAAAUGUUGAAUUUUAUUUACCAUCGAGUUCAUCCUAUAAACCGACGUUGCCUUACUUCAUCUUCACGAGGUAUAUUACAAAUCAAAUACAAUUGUUAGAUUUUAGGUAAUCGUAUCGCUGACUGCUUGUAAUUUUGUUUCCGAACGUCUGAUAAUGUAAUUCGCACAAACAUCGUUCUUCUCAAGACGCUGUAUAAUUAAUGAUUCUGUGAUACAAGAAUUAAAUAAUAUGACAAGUGUAACAAGUUUACUUUGCAACACGGAAUACGUGCAGGCCAAAAUUGUUAUAAUAUAAGUUAAGCCCAAUGUAUCCAUAUAAUUUUUUAUUAAAACGAGACACACCUCUUGGAAAUUUAA